AUGAUUGAAGACAUUACCAGGACUGAAGUAGAUAGACUCAUUGGUAAUAACUGGGAUUUUUUUCAUUUCCCAGCAGUUGGAAGAUCUGGAGGUCAGCUGGCACUGUGGAGACGAGAUACAACCCAAUUUGUGGUUGUUUCGAUGAUGGAUCAAGCGAUUGUUGGCUAUUUGAUGCUGCCCAAUUUUCAGAAGUGGGGGAUUGCUUUGGUUUAUGCCAGUAAGAGUUACCAUAGUCAUCGGUUACUAUGGAAUACUAUUGGUUCUAGUCUUGAUGUUGAUCUGCCAAUGAUAGUUAGAGGGGACUUUAACUGUUGUCUUGACCAGAGUGAGAAGAAGGGUGGGAGAUGGUAUAGCUAUUCUGUGGUUGCUCAAGAGAUGGCGGCCUUUAUAGUUGAUAAUGAUUUACAUGACCUGGGUUUUAUUGGACCGAGGUUUACCUGGACGAAUAAUAAAGCUAAGAACAGCAAGAUUUGGGUUAGAUUGGACAGAGUUCUUAUGAAUUCUGAAGGUCUUAGACUUGCCCCUUUGGCCACUAUUAAACACCUUCUGAGACUUUCUUCUGACCAUUGCCCUAUGUUAUUGAAUCUUAUGUUUACUUCCCUGAGAAUUGGGAAUAGAUGGUAUAGAUUUGAAGAUAUCUGCCAUAUCCAGCUACUUGGAAACUGCUGGAAUAGGUCGAAGGAGCUGGGGAAUUUGAAAAAUUCACUUGAAGCAAGACUGGAAGAACUCCAAGAACUUGAAACUUCUAAUGAUGGAUUGAAUGAAGCGUAG